UGAUGCUAAAACCUCUUGUGCUCUCAUUCUCAUCCCAGCAGCUCGAUUCGCUCGCGUAGUCGCCUUCUCGAAUUCUCCCGUAAACUUGACGCUGAAGCCUGAACGAGAGAGAGAGAGCGCGCAAGCCGACCAGGCCGGCAGACAAGCAAGCACAUGGCCACGCGCGUCACGGCAGCAACGGUCCUCCCCGUCCUCUGGUUGCUGAUCCUGCUCCGCACGGGCAUCUGCGCCGACGACUACUCGGCGUUCGUGUACGCGGGGUGCUCGCAGGGCCGCUACAGCGCCGAUUCCCAGUACGCGUCGGGGGUGGACUCCGUGCUCACCUCCGUGGCCAACAGCGCGCCCUACGCCCCCUACGACAACUUCACCGCGCCGUCCGACUCGUCCGUGGUCGGGCUCUACCAGUGCCGCUCCGACCUCCCGGCCUCCGUCUGCAGCGGCUGCGUCCGCUCCGCCAUCUCCAGGCUCUCCUCGCUCUGCGCCUGGGCGGUCGGCGGCGCCGUGCAGCUGCGGGCCUGCUUCGUGCGCUACGGGAACGACUCGUUCCUGGGGAAGCAGGACACGGCGGUGCUGUUCAAGAAGUGCGGCGGCACGCCCGGGGACGCCGGAGGGGUGUCCAUGAGGGACUCGGCGCUCGGCGCGCUCGUCGCCGCGGCGGCGCCGGCGGGCGGAGGGUACCGCGCCGGAGGGUCCGGCGCCGUGCAGGCCAUGUCGCAGUGCGUGGGGGACCUCGGCGCCAAGUCCUGCUCCGACUGCGUCUCGGCCGCGGCCGCACAGCUCAAGGCCGGGUGCGGCUACGCCACGGCCGGCGAGGUCUACCUCGGCAAGUGCUACGCCCGAUUCUGGGCCAAUGGCAACGGAGGUUUCAGCAGCAGCGCCGGCCGCCAUGGAUUUGAUCUUGUCCACGUGGUCGCCGCCGGUUUCUUUGCUUCCUUGGCUUAUGUCUCACUCUCACUUGCCAUAUAGGGUAUUGAUGCACCGUACCGUACGUGAUGUUGAAGACUGGAGCAGUAGCUAUAUAUGCCUAUGCCGUGUUUUGUCAUCAUGCUUGAGUGUUGUGGUGCAGUUCAGUUUUUGCUCUUGUGCUCAAGAUCAGAGAUCUGCUGCAGCUUUGGCUAUCAAGAAGUUUGGCAAGAUGAUCGCUCUUAGAUUGUCACUGAUGUAGGUUGACACCACGAGGCUCCCAAAUCAUCUUGCCUGUCAUUAACCACAUCCAAAACUGAAGCAGAGUCUGAAAACAUUAUUCAGAUACUGGUAACGUGAGUACAGUUGCAUUGCAACUACCCCGCGAAACCAUAACACAGAUGGCGCAUGUAAUAAAUCUCAGAUAGAUUUAAGGUUUGUUUGGAUGUAGUCGGAUCCACCUCAAUACACAUGUGUUGAAGUGGAACUUAAACUAUUUUCUAACUCAAUCCACUCCAACACACAUGGAUUGAGGUGGAUAUGAGUGCAUCCAAACAAGGCUUAAGUCGAUAGAGAAAGCAUACGUGGUACGUGCAUUUGUUUACAUAAUCCAGUAGUGCCAAUAAUUUGAUUUUGAGGGCAAGGCCACACACUGAUCCUGGUCUCAGCGGCUCAUCAUGCAUGCUGUGUUCAAAGGCACUAUGUGACAGCAGGCACAGCACGAGCGAUAAAAAAGAGCUUUAGUUUUGCCUGCCUUUAUCUUUGCUCGGAGCUUUGUUUUUCUCUGUAGGUUAGCUUUUGAUGUGGACUCGCUUUUUCCGUCCAGCUGAGUUUUAGUAUAUCUGAGAGUGGAUUCAAAUGAUUCAGCUUUUGCGUGAAUAGAAUUUUGAAAUGAAGGGAUAUCUCUGUGGCCU